GGCUCUGUGAACAUCUCUCCUCUGCCCGUUCUUGGAAGAAAGCAGCUUUAAGACGGAGCACCUGCUGGUAAAAGCUUCAUGCGAGACUCUCCUAACAUUUGUGUCUAGUCCAGAGACCUCAAGAAGGUGGGCCUGUGGAUGAACCACAUUUGCCCCUCGAACUGUUUCAGACAAAGUCACAAAGAGCUGGUUUUGCUUCCGAGAGCUCCAGAAGGCUUGGAAGAGGACCCCUUCCCCUCCUGGCCCAUCUGAACUUUGCCUAGACUUCCUGCAGGCUGAGGUUUUCUGCCCCAGAUUCUCCAAUGACUCUGAAGAAGUACUUCGUGAAGGCUCUCCAUCGCCUCCAGAAGGGCCCUGGAUACACCUACCAGGAGCUGCUGGUCUGGUACUGCGACAACACCAACACCCAUGGGCCCAAGCGCAUCAUUUGUGAGGGUCCAAAGAAGAAACUGAUCUGGUUCUUCCUGACUCUGCUGUUCGCCUCGCUGGUGUUCUGGCAGUGGGGAAUCCUCAUUAACACCUACCUGUCCUACAACGUUACUGCCUCUCUGGCCAUCGGCUUCAAGACGUUGACCUUCCCCGCUGUUACCAUCUGCAAUGCAAGUCCCUUCCGGUAUUCUAAGGUGAAGCCCUACCUGAAAGAUUUGGAUGUGCUCACUGAGGCAGCCCUUGAAAGGAUCCUGCAGCCUCUUCAGGAGAAUGCCUCAGCGAGCUCUGCAGCGAAUCUAAGCGAGAAGCUCAACUUGCAGCUCUGGAACCAGAUCCCCCUGGUCCUGAUUGACGACAGCGACGCGGCUCAUCCGGUCGUCCGUGACAUUCUUGGGAACGGCUCUCUUGGCCUCGGAGGGCACCACAACUACUCCUCUUUUGGCAACCCGGAAGCGAGGAGGUACAAGCUGGCUCUGAAACUGUGCACACACCUCACCCCCCACUGCUUCUACCGGAAGUUCACCAGCGCGGCCCAGGCGGUGAGUGAGUGGUACAUCCUGCAGUCUACCAGCAUCUUGUCCAAAGUGCCAUUGAGCAAAAGGAUCGAAAUGGGCUACCAGGCAGAGGACAUGAUCUUGGCAUGUCUGUAUGGAGCUGAGCCUUGCAAUCACAGAAACUUCACCCACCUCUACCACCCGGACCAUGGCAACUGCUACGUCUUCAACUGGGGGGUGGAGAAGGAGCCCCUCGUCUCCUCCAAUCCGGGGGCAGAGUUUGGGCUGAAGCUGAUCCUGGAUAUCAGCCAGAAGGACUACAUCCCCUUCCUCACCGCCACGGCCGGAGUCCGGCUGAUGCUGCAUGAGCAGAGGAGCUUCCCUUUCUUGAAGGAUCAGGGCAUCUACGCCAUGUCAGGGACUGAGACCUCUAUUGGCGUCCUGGUGGAUGAACUGGAGCGGAGGGGCUCCCCCUACAGUGACUGCACCCUCAACGGGUCCGACGUUCCGGUGAGGAACCUCUACGAGGACUACGCUGCUUCGCAGGCCAAGGAGAUGGGGGUCUGUGCCAACUGCACCCACCCUGGCAGCAAGAUGGGCCCCUUCCGAAACCAGUACAAAACCACAUACUCCAUCCAGGCCUGCCUGCGCUCCUGCUUCCAAGACAAGAUGGUGAAGAUCUGCCAGUGUGCCCACUACUCCUACCCGCUGCCCGAAGGGACCCAUUACUGUAACAACGAGGAUUAUCCCAACUGGGCCUACUGCUACUCCAUCCUGCGCACCAGCCAGGAGCAUCGGCAGACGUGCAUCCAAUCUUGCAAGGAGACCUGCAACAACACCCAGUACAAGAUGACCAUUUCCAUGGCGGACUGGCCCUCCGAAGCUUCAGAGGACUGGAUUUUCCACAUUUUAUCUUACGAAAGAGACACGUCGACCAAAGUGACUCUGGACAGAAACGGAAUCAUCAAGCUCAGCAUCUACUUCCAGGAGUACAACUACCGCACCAUCUCAGAGUCUGCAGCAACAACUAUCGUCUGGCUCCUCUCCAGCCUCGGUGGACAGUUUGGCUUCUGGAUGGGGGGCUCCGUCUUGUGCCUCAUUGAGUUCGGGGAGAUCCUCAUUGACUUUGUCUGGAUCAGCGUCCUGAAGCUGAUCGCCUGGGGCAAGGGGCUGAAGUGGAAGCCGGCCCCGCGGCCCCCUGACGCCCUCCCAUCCAUCUGCGAGAAAGUGGAGGCCUACACCAACCUGGGCUUCUGUGGGGAGGAGGAGAAGAAGGCGGCAGCGGCUGGGAGCCUGGGUGACAGGCCCCCAGACGCUCCGGGGGCUGGCUCUGAGCCCGGCACCCCACCCCCCAAGUACGACUCGCUCCGUGUGCUUCCCUGCGGAUCUGCUGGUGCCUGAUAGCGAUGAGGAAGAAGCUCCUGGGGCGGACACCGAGAGCCAGUGAGGCCAGGACGGCAACUUGCCUCUCUGCUCCUCUGGGCACCUGCAGGGCAUCCUUCCCCCUCCCUCUUGGAUGGCACAGCCCCCCUCCGGUUCCGCUCAACACAUCAGAAACUUGGGGAGCAGCUGGAGAGCCCUGAUCUGCUGCUAAAGCCCAUGUAUUUCUUUCGGGGUAUAAAUCUGGCAGGUCAGGAGGUUGGCGUAAGAAUUCUGAAAGGGGAGCUUACCGCCAAUCAUGGGAAAUGCUUGUUAGUAGUGCACAUCUUAAAAUGAGGAGCGGGCAUGGGGGGGGGCAGCCAGGGCAAGGCGUUGUGUAACCAAAGAGGCCUUCUUGGCCCCACCUGCGCCUUCUGCUGCUUUAUGGGAGAGGCACCUGGUGGCUGACAUCCCGUGGGGGACUUUAUUGGAGGUGAUAAAAGGGCUGAGGUGCAAGAGGCAGUCACCGCAAAGAAAUGGGCCAUUAUAAAAGUUACAAAGCUUUGUCACAGAAUAAACCCAGUUUGGGUGAAAAGCA